CCUCCUCCAGAGGGCGCACUGUUUCCUGACGGCUCAGGAGGCCUCACAAUCAGACUUUCUACUUGCAUUACUUGGCGUUAAAUUCAGUGAACAGAAAUAAAAGAAAAGCAUAAUGCUUUGAGAAUCUAUUGUUAACGGCAUUUAUAAGUUAGCUGGCUUUGUGUUAUUUUGCCUGUGAGUGAUUUCCCCCCCCCGCCCUGGGUGGUGCAGUGAGUGGUACCGGGCCGGAGCUGUCGCCGUUGGGAGUGGGCCGAGGCCGCUGACGGUUUGGUUGUUAUUUGAUGUUAACGUUAACACGAGUGAGGAGGUGCAGCGUUGAAUGACAAAAGCAGUUGUCGCGGUGCCGAGUGAAGGGGAUAGUUAGGUUGGAGAAAAUGGCUGGUGUGAGUGGCAACGUCGCCCAGAAGACCUGGGAGCUAGCGAAUAACAUGCAGGAAGUUCAGAGCAUCGAUGAAAUCUACAAAUACGACAAAAAACAACAGCAGGAGAUUCUCGCAGCUAAACCCUGGACUAAAGAUCACCAUUACUUCAAGUAUUGUAAGAUCUCAGCCCUUGCACUUUUGAAGAUGGUGAUGCAUGCCAGAUCAGGGGGAAAUUUGGAAGUGAUGGGUUUAAUGCUAGGUAAAGUGGAUGGAGAAACAAUGAUCAUAAUGGACAGUUUUGCUCUCCCUGUUGAAGGGACAGAAACGAGAGUCAAUGCUCAGGCUGCUGCUUAUGAAUACAUGGCUGCGUAUAUUGAGAAUGCUAAACAGGUUGGACGUCUUGAAAAUGCAAUUGGCUGGUAUCACAGUCACCCAGGUUAUGGAUGCUGGCUUUCAGGCAUAGAUGUUAGUACUCAGAUGUUAAAUCAACAAUUCCAGGAACCAUUUGUAGCAGUUGUGAUUGAUCCAACGAGAACUAUAUCUGCUGGGAAAGUAAACCUAGGGGCUUUCAGGACAUAUCCUAAGGGUUAUAAACCACCUGAUGAAGGUCCUUCAGAAUACCAGACUAUUCCACUUAAUAAAAUAGAAGAUUUUGGAGUACACUGCAAACAGUAUUAUGCCCUUGAAGUUACUUAUUUUAAAUCAUCUCUGGAUCGUAAACUUCUUGAACUUCUAUGGAACAAGUAUUGGGUGAACACACUCAGUUCAUCAAGCCUCCUCACAAAUGCUGAUUACACCACAGGGCAAGUCUUUGACUUGUCUGAAAAGUUGGAACAGUCAGAAGCCCAGCUUGGUCGAGGCAGUUUUAUGCUUGGUUUGGACACCCAUGAUAGAAAAUCUGAAGAUAAAUUAGCCAAAGCUACACGAGACAGCUGCAAGACUACCAUAGAAGCAAUACAUGGCUUGAUGUCUCAAGUUAUUAAGGAUAAACUCUUCAAUCAGAUCAAUAUACCUUCAGCUUAAUGUACUCGGUCUCAGCAAAGAAAACUCCUUAUAGAAUGUGCUGGUGGUGCAUGAAGAGACGCCUUACAAUUUCAAGUUUUUUUUUUUACACAGAUAGCAUCUGUAGUUAUUUCCCCAGGAUGCUGCUGACAUUAUUAUGAGAAUUACUGGCUGUUUUCUUAGUUUUCGUUGCCUAAAAUUAACAUGGUCAAGAUAAUGUUGCUAAGGUUUCACGAACUGGCAGUUUGUCGGACCACCUCACUUCAUUAUGGGCAAACCCAUUCCUUUAUUGGAGCAUCAGGAGUCCAGAAUAAGAGAAAUUCCAUUUAUGGAGUUUCUAAAAAUGGAAAAGUGUAAACAGUAUGCACUUUGGUGUGUUAUUAAAACAAGUUAAUAUGCCAGAAGUUGUACUUUGUUUUACAAUGGGAUUGCACUGAAGGUGCACAGUAGUGACACCUUCCAAAUAUGAUGUAAGAUUUUUUAAAAAGUGUACUGUUUCACAAUUAACCUACCGAAACAUUCGCAUCGGUAAUAAACUGGGGCAUAUUAACAAUAAAUAUUUUACUUUUCA